AUGUCGUCUACUAUUGAUCUAAGUGCUUUCCCCACCGGAGCUCCCGCAGCUCCAUCAGCUGAGAUUCGUUACGCGGAUGUCGCUGUCACAGCAACUGCGAAAGAGUUCAAGGGCGUAUACCGUGAUGAUAAACAGUACCACGAACCAGACUUUAUCGUCACUCUCGACCGAGCCAGAGAUGCGGGCGUUAGCAAGAUUAUGUUGACGGGCAUGUCACUCUCCGACGUCUCUGAGAACGAGAGCAUCUCCAAGCUGCGCCCUUCUCAAGCAUAUUACACCAUCGGCGUGCAUCCUUAUCAUGCUUCUGAGCUUGAUCAAGGUGGAAAGUCAUACCUUGCCGAGCUGGAGCAGAAAGUUAAAAACGCCCUGGCUCAAGACUCGCCACACAUUGCGGCGUUUGGAGAGUUAGGUCUUGACUAUGAUAAGGAGGAGCAUGCGUCCAAGGAUGUGCAGAAGAAGGCUUUCACUGCUCAGUUGGAUCUGUUUGUCAAGAACCAAUGGGAUCUUCCUCUUUUCUUGCACUGCCGCAACGCCUUUGACGAUUUCGUCGAGAUGAUGACUCCAUACAUGGAGAAGCUUCCCCGGGGAGGUCUAGUACACAGCUUCGUCGGAAGCGCAUCUCAGAUGGAGAAGUUAGUAUCCAUGGGACUAGGCGUGAGUGUCAACGGAUUCAGCUUCCAGAGCACGGAAAGUCUGGAGAUGGUAUCCAAGAUUCCUCUUGACUCUCUGCAGCUCGAGACGGAUGCGCCAUGGGGUGAGUUGAAGGGUGAAGUAGUGAAGCAGUACUGCGCCAACGCGAGGCCUUUGCCUCCGUCCAAGAAGAGGGAUAAGUGGGAUCCUAAGUGUAUGAUCAAGGAGAGGAAUGAGAGUUGCACUAUGGAGAGGGUUGCGCUGAUCGUGGCGGGGUUGAAGGGUGUUGGUGUUGAUGAGGUUGCUGAAGCGGCUUGGAAAAAUAGUGUUAGGAUGUUUGGACUUGGACGACGAUAA